CGCGGUUGCUGGCGGGAGCCAUGACGGCGACGGGCACCCGUCUUGCCUGAGCGCGUCCUCUUCUUCUUCUUCUUCUUCUACUGCCUCGGCCCGCGUUGUCUGAGUUUCGUUUCGGCGCUUGCUUGCUUGUGCAGUUGUGCGUGCGCGCGUGCUGCUUAGCUUCUUCCCAACUCCCAAGCGGGUGGGUGGGGGAGCUAGGAGGAGAGGGGUUGCCAAUGGCCGAGAUCUGCUGCCAGGAGGCCAAGUCGACGCCGGCCACCGCCGCCGCCGUGGCCACGGUCUCCGCGUCGGCCGCCGCAGCCGUCGCCUCGUCCGUCAUGGACAGGCGGCGACGCAGGCUGGAGAUGAGGCGCUUCCGCCUCGCGACCGACCUCGAGGAGUCGGCCGCGGAGUACGCCCGCGCCGGCAAGCGGCAGAGGCUAUCACGCACGGGGUCAGGCCCGCCGUGCCCCCGCGCUCCAGGCCCGGUUCCCCAGAGGCCGGAUUUCGGGCCGAGGUACGGCUUCUCCUCGGUGUGCGGCCGUCGUCGCGAGAUGGAGGACGCCGUCUCCGUCCGCCCGAAUUUCUUGCCCGGCUCCGCCGAGUCCCACUUCUUCGGCGUCUUUGAUGGCCACGGCUGCUCACACGUUGCGACGACAUGCCAGGACUCGAUGCACGAGGCUGUGGCGGACGAGCACAGCAAGGCAGCAGGGUCCUCCAGCGAAGAGGUGCCGGCGUGGAAAGGAGUCAUGGAGAGGAGUUUCGCGCGGCUGGACGAGAAGGCCAGGAACUGGGCGACCAACCGCAGCGGCGAGGAGCCCAAGUGCCGCUGCGAGCAGCAGAUGCCGUCGCGGUGCGACCACGUGGGAUCCACGGCCGUCGUCGCCGUCGUCAGCCCCACGCAGCUCGUCGUCGGCAACGCCGGCGACUCCCGUGCCGUGCUCUCCCGCGCCGGCGUCCCCAUCGAGCUCUCCGUCGACCAUAAGCCUGACCGGCCGGACGAGUUGGAGCGCAUCCAGGCGGCGGGCGGUCGUGUCAUCUACUGGGACGGCGCCCGGGUGCUCGGCGUCCUUGCAAUGUCUCGUGCCAUUGGGGAUGGGUACCUCAAGCCAUUCGUGACGGCGGAGCCGGAGGUGACCGUGACGGAGCGCGCCGACGACGACGAGUGCCUGAUCCUCGCCAGCGACGGGCUGUGGGACGUCGUGACCAACGAGAUGGCGUGCGGCGUCGUCAGAGCCUGCUUCCGGAGCAACGGCCCUCCGGAGCCGUUUGCCGAGGCAGAGGCAGGGAACGACGGAGCCUCGUCCUCGUCGGGCAAGGGCGUAAGCAAGGCGGAGUCCGAUAAGGCGUGCUCCGACGCGGCCAUGCUGCUGGCGAAGCUGGCGCUGGCGCGGCGGAGCUCUGAUAAUGUCAGCGUCGUCGUGGUGGAUCUACGACGGGGAUCGUGAUUCUGCUUGGAGUGGAAUUCAUGCUCCAUGUUUACCUUGUGUAUUUUUUUAAGCUAAUUAAAAAAAAUUCUGAGCUUAUGUCUUUCUCCAUUUGUUGCUUUGUUAUUCUCGUCUUGAUUUAGCUGUAGCUCAACUCUGUAGUUCCUAUAGUAAUAGCCUCCGUUCUCGCCCAAACAAGCAAAUGCAGAACAGAAACAUGGUUGCUGCUCCUGAACUGUAUCCGUGCAGCGCGAAGAUACUGUAAUCACAAACCGAUACGAACAUCUUUUAGCCCUGUGUCUGUUUU